GAGACAAGGGGCGGAGAGGGAGGGGUUAAACGCAUGAGAAAAAGUUUGUUUUCCCCUUAAAAGCUAUGGACGAACUCUUACUCAAGUUGCUCGACUCGAUUCCGUUUUUCAGAUAUCGUCUAACUUUUUGGGAAAAUUAUGUUUCAUAUCAACUGAAAGCCUACUUUGCUCGUCAAACUUUCCCGCAAAGUUGACAGUGGUACUCGUGCCCAUGAGGUGAUAGCAGCUCUUUCCUCAUCCACAACAAACUAUGGCUGUUGGAAACCAGACUGUUAUACUCUUGUCUGAGCAGGUGGUUGUAUUGUUUUCAUGCGCGCUGUCGUUUCUCGGCUCGACAUUAAUCAUCAUCACCUACUUUAUAUUUAAAGAUUUAAGGACAACUCCAAGGAAGCUUUUGGUCUACCUCUCGGUGGCUGACUGGUUAUCCGCCGUCUCCUACGCCUUCGGGGUCUGGAGAGUUUUCCACACCGACUCGCUGGACUGCAUCGUUCAAGGAGCGAUAUCUACUUUCGCCAACACCAGCUCCUUCUUCUGGACUGUGGCCAUUGCUGUUUACCUGUAUGUUUUCAUCGUCAGGUCAAGUCAAAGAGUCGCUGACAGCCUGGUGUUGUUUUUCCAUGUACUAAGUUGGGGUGUGCCUCUGGCUAUCACUGUUGCCGCCUUGUCCCUGAGUAAGAUUGGCUAUGAUGCCUCAGAGGUGUCGGUGGGCUGGUGCUGGGUGAGGAUUCACGCUCCUGACCGGGUGUUGUGGAUGUUGCUCACUGGAAAGAUUUGGGAGUUCUUGGCCUACCUCACCCUUCCUGUCCUUUACAUUUUGAUCAAAAGGCACAUCCACAUAGCGCAUGCAGCUCUAUCUGAGUACCGCCCCAUCCUGUCCAGCAGGCCUCAGUCUCACUCCUUCUUUUCCAUGGCUGAUAUGAAACUAACUCUCAUUCCCAUUAUCUUCAUUGUACUUCGGAUUUGGAGCACAGUGCGCUUUAUACUGCUGCUGGCCAAUUCUCCAGCCAGACUGAACCCAGUGUUGGUCACUUUACAUGGAAUUGGCAAUACCUCACAGGGAACUGCAAACUGCAUCAUGUUUGUAUUGUUCACUCAGCCAAUCCGCACACGCCUCUGCAGCGCGCUCUGCUGCUGCUGCAAGUGUGUAACCGGGGCACAGCACUCACAUGACAACCCUCACAGACUGCUAUCGGGACAGGAGCCCUCCACCCAGAGAGAGGAGGACAGCACAAGUCGAGUCCUGACUGAUAAAUGAUCUGUGGAUGUAAAUGUUGACACGAAGGAGGCAGAGGAGGUCUCUGCUUCAUAUUGAGCCUCGUUACAGUGAGUGUCUGCUGACAGUGCCUGAGAUUCUGCAGGUGUAUGCACAUAUGUGUUACAGGAGAGGUCACGUACCUGCUCUUUGGAUGAUGAAGGUGAUGAUGCCUGACUGUUCACGCACAUUUGGUGAAGCAUUUAGACUGUUACAGACUGGAUAUGCUGCACAUGAAUCUUUAAGUUUAGCGGAGAGGUGCUGUUUAUCAAACUUUAACUUCUAGUUUCAUUUCAAUUUCACUUUGCACAUUUUCUGACUGAAGUCGUACACUCCAUGAGGGAAAGUUUAACAGCUUUAUGCAUCAUUCUGAAGUUAUUACCACAGAUUAAAUCCAGUGUUCAAGUAUUUUGUUUUUGGGGAAAAUUACAUCAUUUUGGUACCGUGUUUAUAACAUGGGUUUGAAAUCAUAUGUGAGCCUUAUUAUACAAGUGAUUACUGUGUAGCAUUCUUACUUGAGGUGAUUAAAUGGACUUGAAUUUGU